GGAAUUCGUCACUAUUUAUGUCACAGAAUAUUUAUUAACACCAAUUUUUUUUACUUUAGGCAUAUUUAAAUUACAUAAAUUGUGAAAAAUUGUCAAAUAAAUGGUUAAAUAAAUUGUUAAAUUUUCUCAGUGCCACCAAAAUGGUUAUGGAUUUUAUCAGUUGAUGGGCACCUGAAUCUGCAAAUUGAUAAAAUUAUAAAUUCUACUAGUUAAUGUGUCGAUUAGAAAUAGCUGGGUACUAAGGAUGCAAGAUACCGCAGACACAAAAACAGGGGGCAAAUGUCGUAUUCCUCAAAGGCUCCCGCCGAAUAGGACAAGGACAUCGCUUCUCAGAGCGAAACCUCAGAACGUGGAGAAUACGCCUCCACGACCCAAGUCCGCCAAUAGAGCAAAAGAUGACAUGAUCCAGGGCAGACUAACUCACCCCAACACACCCCGUACGAACCGACAUGAAAGGGAAAGGCCACCCCUUAAAAGACCGUCCACAAUACCGAGAAGGAUUGUAAACGAGGGUAACCCGAACAAGGGUCGACCAGUAAUCACUGUGCCGAUUGCAUCUGGGAAGGGACAUGGAAGGACUACAUCUUAUAAAAUCGCCACUGGUCUCCCUGAUCAGGAAACAAUUAAAAAAUGCGAGGAUCUGGAAGUAUGUCAAAGCGAAUUCGGUUACAUUGAUGAUCUAGUUAAAUAUUUUCCAGAAUCAAUAACAUCCCCUAGCGACAGGGCGAUGCAACUAAAAAUAAAGUGGGAAGAUAGAAUAAUACAUUUUGAGAAGUUAAAAAAUGAACUCUUUGUACGACAGAGGGACUUGCUGGAAGCGUACGCAAGUUUGAGAGGCAUCCACCAGAAGUUGGCGGAGGCGGGACACAAGGCGGUGUUGCCGUCAGCUGAGGACCUAAGGAUCAUGAAUGUGUCCAACAUGAGCCCGAACCAGCUGUUGCAACUCUGCGCCAACUCUGACGGGAAAUCGCAAGAGGUUCGUCCUUUAUCUCCAAAACCGAUGUCUAUUGACGUAAACAGAUUAUAUAACUUACCUUCAAAAUUAGUGGCUCACUGUGAGCAUACGUUAACGAAGAGAAAAGAAAUUAUAGACUGGUUUGAAUCUCUAAAGAAACAAGAAAAGGGUAUAUCUAUGAGCAAAUUAUCAAAGAAAUUAAACGAGUUCAGUGCAGAAAACGACAUUCUUCAUUGCAAUCUAGUUGUAACUAAAGAUGAAUUUUACAAUGAACUCAAUGAUAUUAUAGAAGUCAUAAGAAAAGGUAUGAAUGACACCGUAGCCAUGCAGUUGCGUUCUGAAGAGAUGAUGUAUGCGUUGUCUGAGUUGAGCGCCAAGAACGAUGAUCUUAAGAAGAAAAUAGUGGCUAAUGAUCACUUUAGGUCGCAGAACAAUAGAUACAAAGUUGAGGAAUUGGAGAGGGAACUGAAGGAGGAGCAUUCCAAAAAGAUGAUGUUGAGGGAAAGGUUAAAUAAGGCAGAGGGACAAGUUAAAAUCAAUUUGGAGAAAGCUUCUCAACUGGAAGCUACGCUGGAACAGGCUCGUGCGCAAACAAGAACACUGGAGAGGACCGUACAGCAUUUACAUGAGCAGAAUGAAAAGUUGCAAGUUGAUUUUGAUAAAGAAUUAGGCAAAUUAACUGCGUCAAUUAAAGAGAAUACUGAGCAUUUAGAAGAAAUAGCAGACGCUCGAGAAAAGCUCCAAAUCGAAAAAGAACACUUGGAAAAGCGUAUAGAAGAUUUAUCGGCUUAUUACAAUGAAUCAUUAGAGAAUUUGAAGAGUGAAAUGAAUACGAACGUGGUGAAAUUAAUAGAAACAGACGAAAGGUACCAAUUAGAGAUGAACGAAAAAAGAAAGUUAGAAGACAAGAUAUCAUCCCUCUGCGCCCAGCUGCUGGAGUCCGAGUUGAAGUACAAGGAUCUGCAAAAGAUCUUGGAGGAUAAUGAGGAACGUUCAUGUAAAUUCAAUGUCAGCCAAAAGGAGCUCGAAUCUACAAAAUAUGAUUUAAAUAUAGCAGAACGUGAAAUUGCUGAUUACAAGAGCAGACUGUCAACCCAAAAUGAACAAAUACGAGAAUUAGAGCAAAAAUGUAAAGAGUCUCACGAGUUGCAGGAAAGUUUGAAAAGCGAAUUGAUUUUCAAAGAAGAUUGCAUCAAGGAAUUAGAAAAGAAAGCAAAGCAUUUCGAACAGCAAUUGCAUGAUAGCAAGUCAAAAAUUACCACUUAUGAAGAGGAACUUACAGCUCUAAGAAAUCAGCUUAAUCGUUUACACGAAGAUUUUGGCGAAUUCGAAAAUAUCAGUGACUUGUUAGAAAUGGUAAGUCAACAAAAAGAAAAAUUAAUGGAAGCCACACGACAACAUGAGGAGUUGAUAGAACUGUUACAAAGUAAAGAUAUGGAUUUGGAGCGCCAGACGGCGGACCUGGCGCUGAAAGAGUCUCAGCUGGAAAAGAAGAAUGAUAUUAUACAGAUGCUCUCUGGAAAGGACGACGAACAGGCUAACAUCAUCAAAUUGCUUCGGAAUAGUCUGGAAAUGAGAUCUCAGGCAGAUUCUGAAUUUCAACAAAAACUUGUGGAAAAGAAUACAGAAAUAGAUAAACUAAUAACUUCAUUAGAAACUAGAAAGCAACAAAUAGCAGAAUUCGAAAAAAUAAUUAUGACUCUCGAAGAGCAAGGACGAAAAGCUAAUAUUCAAAUAUCAAAUCUGGAAACCAUUAUUUUAACCUUGGAGGAACAAUCACGAAAAGACACUUCACAAAAGAGAAAAGAUCAGGAAAAGAUGGCUGCCCUGGAAAGUAAAAUUCAAGAAUAUGAAUCUUACUUUACCCAUCACCAAAAUAAACGCCAACAUGACAUACCUACACCUUCGGAUACCUUGGAUAAUUUAAUUAAACUUCUUGAGAAUGAAAUUGGGGUGCCUUUAGAAACUGAUUCAACUUAUAUUAAGGAUUCUGAUAACAAGGAUUAUAUGAAUAAAAAAAAAAUUGACGGUGACCGUAAGCAUCGUGACAAAAAUGAAAGAGUUGAUGGAGAACCUCCGCUGUAUUCAGAACCAUCACCUCCAAAGUCAGUAAUCAGGAAUUUUGGAAUACACUGUCUAGGCUCAAACGAUGAAAAUUAUGCUGGAGACAGUCUCGAUCGUAAAAAAGCAAUCACUAAUAUGGACUUGCAAAAAUUUGCUAUUCCAGACACUGGUAUGAGAACCUUUGGUACCUUACCAGGUAAUAAGGAGUUUAAUCCUAUUAAGGUCACGACGUCUCCUAAAAAAAAUAUAGCACCAAGAAACUUAGGAAUGUUUUCACCUGAUAAACUCCAAGAAGACAAGAAAUAUAAAAUGUUCAAACUAGCUGGACAUAGACUUUGAAUUGUCUUGCUGUUGUUGUAUAAAUGUUUCAAACUAUGGUAAUAAUUUGCUUGUCCUUAACACUUACAUAGAUGAGAAUUUUUUAAUAUACCUAGUCUAUGUAUAAAAACUAUU